AUGUUUGAACAGUUUGCUUUACGACAUAUUGUGCCGCUAUUCGUUGCAUCAGCCACAACAUUUGGCGGCCUCUGGCCUUUUUGGGCACCGCGAGAUGCCAUGCUUGAAUUUGGGCUGCCAGCGCGCAUCGCAGACUCGCCUACUGCGCAGCCCGUCAUGGUGCUCUCCUCGGCUCGUACCACAGCUCUAGGACUUUUGAUGUUCAUAUUCUACCAGCAAGGAAGAUUCACCGAGGUGGAUACCAUCAUGUCGGUUAUGGGCGCCUAUCUGGGUGUUGUAGACGGCUAUGUGUGCUGGAAGGAGGGAAUGCCUGACAAGGCUGUGUUUCGUUGUGUCUCGGGCAUGGUGAUCGCUGGCUGCGGGUUGAUUGGAUUGACAGAAGGAUUUUGA